UUCAUUAGCAGAGCGCAGGAGGGUGUGUGUGUGUGUGUGUGUAUGCGAGAGUGUGUGUGCGCGCGCGCUCUCUCUGCCUGACCAAUACAUACAGACACACGGGAUGGAGAAGAUGAUGAGGCUCUACUAAAACAACCAAACCUUUUAAAUUUCGGGAUCAUAUCUGGACUCUCUAUUAACGGGACACGCAUACAGAAGAAUACCUGCGUCUCUCUGUCUAUAUAAUGCCGACACAUCUGAGAUUUCGGAGAAGGUCAUUCCUCGGACUGUUAUUUCUCUUCUCGCUCUCCACAUCUGCACUGUACUUCAUCUACUCGGCUCCUGGAAUAGUUAAUGAGUACCUGUUCAUGGUUCAGGCCCGUGGAAUCCAGAUCCGUGAAAAUGUGAGGAAUAUGGGGGCUCAGGUUCUGGAGCAGGUGGUCCGAAGUGCUUACAGCAUCAACGGCACAGACUACACCUAUGAGUUUAACUUCAGCGAGACAGACGCGUCCCCCACUCCUUUUCUCCCGGAGGGCUUCACGUAUAAGCCUGAGCAGGUCUGCCCAGAGAAGCUGCCCUCCAUGAAGGGCCGGCUGAAGGUGAACAUGAGUGAGAUCGCUCUAGACGAGGUGGAGAAACUGCUGAAGCUAAAUGAUCCGGGUCUGUCAGUCGGAGGCCACUGGAAACCCCAUGACUGUCGCCCACGCUGGAAGGUGGCCAUUUUGGUUCCUUUCCGAAAUCGCCAUGAGCACCUUCCAAUACUCUUCCGGCAUCUGAUCCCGGCGCUGCAGAGACAGAGACUGCAGUUCGGCUUCUACGUCAUUGAACAGGCAGGAAAUGAACCCUUCAACCGUGCCAUGCUGUUUAAUGUCGGAUUCAAAGAGGCCAUGAAGGACUUGAACUGGGAUUGCGUGAUAUUCCACGAUGUGGACCACAUUCUGGAAAAUGACCGCAACUAUUACGGAUGUGGUGAAAUGCCCAGACAUUUUGCGGUCAAACUCAACAAGUACUCUUACAUGCUUCCAUAUGAGGAGUUUUUUGGUGGAGUGAGCGGACUCACCGUCAAGCAAUUCAAAAGGAUAAAUGGCUUUCCCAAUGCAUUCUGGGGCUGGGGAGGAGAAGACGAUGACCUUUGGAACAGAGUUCAAUUUGCUGGAUACAAGGUGAGCCGUCCUCAUGGAGAGCUGGGCCGCUACAUGUCCAUCCCGCACCACCACCGAGGAGAAGUGCAGUUUCUGGGCAGAUACAAGUUACUCCGUAGGUCGAAGGAGAGGCAGAGUCUGGACGGCCUGAAUAACUUGAAUUACUCCCCUCUAGUGUCCCGGAGGAGUCUUUACACCAACGUGUCAGUGACGCUCAGUCGAGAUCUGGCUCCUGUGGCCGAUUACUGACAAA